AAUAUAGCCAACAUUUUCACAACCGACUCUCAAGCGCGAAAUAAUAUUUUAUCUUUCAAGAAUUCAAACGUUGCUCCUCUGUCUUUUUCAAAAGUUGAUAUUCCUUUUACUAAAAACUCACUUCCAUACAUGAAAGAAACAUGUAAAUCGGUUUUGGAAAACAUCAACACAUCUUGGAAUUCUUUAUAUGAUACGCCGUUUUUAAAGGUUUUGUCAAAAUUACCCUCAACCAAUUUAGUAGAAAAGUUAUCUUCUGCAGAUAAAAAAAAAAAACUUCGAAAAUCCCACAGGAAGUUAAAGGCGACAAUUGAAAAUCAUUGGGAAAAAUAUAGCAAAGAUACCAAUACAUUGUUUGGUGUUCGUCAAUCAAGAUCAUCUUAUUUAAAGAUUCGCUCAAGCCUUCACUUUGAAUCUAAAAAAGAUGCUGUUAAACGAACGACAUGCUUUACGAGCAAUGCUAUUGGUCAAAAGAGAAAAAGACAUUCACCGAACCCUAACAACAUUGAUUUCAAUAAAGUUGAAAUGUUAAAUGAAGUACAGAAAAUGAAAAAAGGCUCAGAAAUUAAUCUCUCGGCUCUUGCAAAGAAAUACAAAAUUGAUGGAUUAAACGGUAAUAUGGUUGUCCGUGAGUUCCUGGAACAAAAUAAUGUUGAUAUAACCGCCUUUAGUAGUACUAAACUUAAUAAAACUAGAGUAAGAAGAAAACUCAAUAAACUAUCAGGCAGUGGAAUAUCUGUGCCAAUCCCACGUUCAUUUAAAAAGAUUAAAGAAGAUUUAAAUCAAAAUAUCACUUCUGGAAAAUACAUAUUAGGAACAUUGAUUGAACCUAAAAUAUAUUCAUCAAUUUCUACAGAUAAACAUGGAAAAAUAGAAAUUUCCAAAUCUUCUAUUUCAGGUAGAAAGAUUUCAUUGCAUGAAUUACGCAAAAAGAUUUUUGAAAAUCAUAUAUCGCAAAAAAUUAUUCGAGAAAAUCCGACAGGAAUAUAUAGCAGAAAUUUGAUAAUUUGGUCAGAUCAUGCUUCAAUUUUAAACUCGGGUCACUUAUUACUCAUUGUCAAACCAAUUUAUGAUGAUGAACUGUACUAUAAUGAUAAAGAAAUGUUUGACAAAACUGGUAACCAUUACAAUGUCCAAGAGUUGGUAGAAACUCCUCAUUUGUACAUAUUUGGAUGCAUAAAUGACACAAUUGCAGGGAAACUGUCUUAUGUAGAAUCUAGAUUAGAAGAUAUUAAAGAUUUGCAUAUUCCCAUAAAAAUUAACGGACAAGAAAUUCAUGACGUCUUAAGAUUUUUUCACGGUAUUAAUUCUAAAAUGUAGUCACUUUUUUACAUGACGGAAAGCAAAAUGGCGAGGAGAGAGAAUGGGGGAAUUUUAUUCAAGAUGUAGAAUCUUGAAUGAAAUUGGAACUUGGCAGUUUUUUUAAAAUUAAGAUUUUAAUUUUACUGCAUAUUUUAUGUAUAUCCACAAAAAUGAAGAAUUAUGAUUUUUUCAGAGAUAAUUUACUUAAUUUAACUUUUCCAGGGAAAAGAAUUCGGGUAGAGAUAAAUAUGAAAAACAGUACUUAAAAUUCAACCCUGUUAUCAGUUGUACUUUAAUGUAAAUUUAGACAUGAAAUGUUGAAAAAAGUUUUUUUUAUUUAGGUGAUCAUCCAGAAAUCCAAUUUGAAGCUGGAAAUCUUCAUGGUGGUUAUUAUCCAUGCU